AUGAAUUUUGAAACUUCACGGUGUGCCACCCUACAGUACUGUCCCGACCCUUACAUCCAGCGGUUCGUAGAAACCCCAGCCCAUUUCUCUUGGAAAGAAAGUUAUUACCGAUCCACUAUGUCCCAGAGCACACAGACAAGUGAAUUCCUCAGUCCAGAGGUUUUCCAGCACAUCUGGGAUUUUCUGGAACAGCCCAUCUGUUCAGUUCAGCCCAUUGACUUGAACUUUGUGGAUGAACCAUCAGAAAAUGGUGCAACAAACAAGAUCGAGAUUAGCAUGGACUGUAUUCGCAUGCAGGACUCAGACCUCAGUGACCCCAUGUGGCCACAGUACACGAACCUGGGGCUCCUGAACAGCAUGGACCAGCAGAUCCAGAACGGCUCCUCGUCCACCAGUCCCUACAACACAGACCACGCCCAGAAUAGCGUCACGGCGCCCUCGCCCUACGCACAGCCCAGCUCCACCUUCGACGCCCUCUCGCCUUCGCCCGCCAUCCCCUCCAACACCGACUACCCGGGCCCACACAGCUUUGAUGUGUCCUUCCAGCAGUCCAGCACCGCCAAGUCCGCCACCUGGACGUAUUCCACUGAACUGAAGAAACUGUACUGCCAGAUUGCGAAGACAUGCCCCAUCCAAAUCAAGGUGAUGACCCCACCCCCUCAGGGCGCCGUCAUCCGUGCCAUGCCUGUCUACAAGAAGGCCGAGCACGUCACUGAAGUGGUGAAAAGGUGCCCCAACCAUGAGCUGAGCCGUGAAUUCAACGAGGGACAGAUCGCCCCUCCUAGUCAUUUGAUUCGAGUAGAAGGGAACAGCCAUGCCCAGUACGUAGAAGACCCCAUCACAGGAAGGCAGAGUGUGCUUGUACCUUAUGAACCACCCCAGGUUGGCACUGAAUUCACGACAGUCUUGUACAAUUUCAUGUGUAACAGCAGUUGUGUUGGAGGGAUGAACCGCCGUCCAAUUUUAAUCAUCGUUACUCUGGAAACCAGAGAUGGGCAAGUCCUGGGCCGCCGCUGUUUUGAGGCCCGGAUCUGUGCUUGCCCAGGGAGAGAUCGGAAGGCAGAUGAAGACAGUAUCAGAAAGCAGCAAGUCUCGGACAGCACAAAGAACGGUGAUGGUACGAAGCGCCCUUUUCGUCAAAAUACACAUGGCAUCCAGAUGACAUCCAUCAAGAAACGAAGGUCCCCAGAUGAUGAACUGCUAUACUUACCAGUGAGGGGCCGUGAGACUUACGAAAUGCUGCUGAAGAUCAAAGAAUCCCUGGAACUCAUGCAGUACCUUCCUCAGCACACGAUUGAAACAUACAGGCAGCAGCAGCAACAGCAACACCAGCAUUUACUUCAGAAACAGACCUCGAUGCAGUCUCAGUCUUCCUACGGUAACAGCUCCCCACCUCUGAACAAAAUGAACAGCAUGAACAAGCUGCCUUCCGUGAGCCAGCUUAUCAACCCUCAGCAGCGCAACACCCUCACUCCCACCACCAUCCCCGAUGGCAUGGGAGCCAACAUUCCUAUGAUGGGCACCCACAUGCCAAUGGCUGGAGACAUGAAUGGACUCAGCCCCACCCAGGCCCUCCCUCCCCCUCUCUCCAUGCCAUCCACCUCCCACUGCACCCCCCCACCUCCGUACCCCACAGAUUGCAGCCUUGUCAGUUUCUUAGCGAGGUUGGGCUGUUCAUCAUGUCUGGACUAUUUCACGACCCAGGGGCUGACUACCAUCUAUCAGAUUGAGCAUUACUCCAUGGAUGAUUUGGCAAGUCUAAAAAUCCCUGAGCAAUUCCGACAUGCCAUCUGGAAAGGCAUCCUGGACCACCGGCAGCUCCACGACUUCUCGUCCCCUCCCCACCUCCUGCGGACCCCAAGUGGUACCUCCACAGUCAGUGUGGGCUCCAGUGAGACCCGGGGCGAGCGUGUAAUUGACGCUGUGCGCUUCACCCUCCGCCAGACCAUCUCCUUCCCACCCCGCGAUGAGUGGAAUGACUUCAACUUUGACAUGGAUGCUCGUCGCAACAAGCAGCAGCGCAUCAAGGAGGAGGGGGAGUGA